UCUUCUUCCCAAAGUCUUUGGUAUAACUGACCAAAGUAUGCCAAGUCUAGACCGCCGAUCCCGUCCAGUUCAUUACAAAAUACUUGUUGAUUCUCGUGGAUGGAUGAAACACAAAAUCAAUUUGUUGAAGAACAGAGAAAAAAGAGCUUCUUAGCUUGCUUUUUAUUGGAAUGCCAAGUACAAAGCGAUGUUCUCGACGUCCAACAACAUUUUGGACAUUCUAGCGAUAUGCCAGUGAAUUUCUGACAACUUUGCGAUAAUGUUGAACAUUCCGACGAGCCUCCGAUAACUAUCUAACAAAAGUAUGACGGUGGUUCGACGGUGGUAAGAUAUGCAGUGUCCUUAAAUUUAAAAAAAAAAAUUAAAAAAUAAGAAAUUUUGGUAACAAAUAAAAAUAUAUAAAACUAAUUGGUACAAGUGUUUUGUUUGGGGACUAGAUGAGUUUUGAACUAUGUAAAGAGGACCUGCGGGUGAGUGCCCCAUUGUUUAAACGUGACUUAAAACAUAAUGAGUGACAAAAUGUGUUCAAACCUAGUUUUUUUUUUAAUCUUUUGAGUCGAUCUUAAAUGGGUUUUAAUUAAGCUGAUCAUGAGUUGAGAUCAAGUAGCUUAAUUCUUUUAUAGUACAUAUUAUUGAGUCAAAUCAAGUAGUAAUGAAAUUUAAAAUAUGUUCAAAUUUAAUUUGUUUAUAUCGCAAGCCGAUUUUAAAUGAACUUUUUAACAAGAGAAACACGAGUCAAGUUCAUAGAGGAUUGUUUUAUAUUGCAACACUAUUCACAUUUUAUUUAUGAAAAAUUCUAUCAUAUGCACCCUUAGUUAUAAUUUUUGUGUCUUUGGUUAUAACAUAUUGUUUGUUAGUUAUUUUGAUGUUGAUUUUGCCAUUAUUUUAGUUAUGGUUAUACCUUAUGUGAUAUUUGAUUAUAACCUUCUUCUUUUUUGUGAUAAUUAAACUCACAAAUGACAUAACUUACAUAUGAUACACACCUUUUUUAGGGUGUCUAUCAUAGCAUUUCCCAUUAUAUGUUCAAUUCAAACAUUUUCUCUAUUCACAUUCUUCAAAAUUUUUAAACCCUUGGUUCAGAUAUCAACUAGCUAACAAAAACUCAUUAUUUGGAUAUAAAUUACCGAACAAAAGCCAAUGGUUCAAAUAUCAACUAUUGAGUGUGUGCGCUAGUGUCCUUAUUAGUCUUUUUGCUUGAUGAUAUAAUUGUAAUAAAAAAAAUUACUCCAAACAAAGUUGAGUUUCCUUGUGUACCUUUUUUAACUUUUACAAUACCAAUAAUAAUGUUACAAUUUCAAAAAAUUUAUACUCAAUUUUACUCAAAAAUAUCAAUUUAUGACUCAAAUUCAUUUUAUACUUGGCCUCACACUAUACCAAUUCAAUUUCUACCACAUAAACACUUCACCCAGAAAAAUCUGGGGCAAGAAAUCUGGGUCGAUAGCCUUUUUGUUACAAUACGGCUCUGGAGGGAGAUUGACAACCAUGUUAGUCCAAUCAGUAAAUAUAUUUGUAUAGUAAUUAUUCACAAACAAAAAGACAAAAAGGCGAGCCUAUAUGUGAACGCCCUACCCUCUUAAUCCUGUGAACCAUUUUAUAUGAUAAUGAAUGAUUUUCGUGCAUGUAGCACAGCUCUAUCCCAAUUAGCUAAAACAUUGCAAAACAAAUCUCAGUGAUUUAAACCUUGCUUGCAGUUAGAGCAACAACCUUAAUGGCUUCGUCUGCGACCCGUCAUCUCCUUUUACUGUCUUUUUUGCCUUUUCUGCCCAUAUUUGGUGCUUCCAACGUAACUUUGGGCUCUUCACUUUCUGCCAUUGGUGAUAACUCUUCAUGGAUUUCACCUUCUGGGGAUUUCGCUUUUGGAUUUUACCAACUUCACAAUACAAACAUCUUCUUGCUUGCCAUAUGGUAUGUCAAUAUACCUGAAAAGACCAUCGUCUGGCAUGCAAAGACAACUAGUCCAGUGCCAUCAGGGUCGAAGGUUGAGCUCACAGCAAAUGGCCUCACACUGAAUAGUCCUGAUGGCCCAACAAUAUGGCAGCCACAACUCACAACCACCAUUUCGUAUGCCUCAAUGCUCGACAGUGGGAACUUUGUGCUUUCAAGUAGUACUAAUAGCUCUGCUUAUUUAUGGGCGAGUUUUAGUUAUCCCACAGACACCCUGUUGCCAACCCAAGUGUUGCCAUUGGAUGGCAAAAUGUUUUCUAAGCUGACUGAAACCAACUACUCACAAGGAAGGUUUGUGCUUCACUUAGAGAAUGGGGACCUUCGGCUCAAACAAGUCGAUUGGCCGACUGAUUUUCUUUAUCCAUUUUAUUACCAUAGUGGAACAGAUUCCACCGAUUCUUCUCAAUCUGGGUUUCAGCUGGUUUUCAAUCAAUCAGUGGAUAUUUAUAUAGUGAAAAGGAAUGGAGAGAUUGUCCAUUUUUGGAAGUGUAUUGAUUUGAAUAGCCCAAACAACUAUUACCGUGCAACAUUGGGUUUUGAUGGUGUUUUCAGGCUCUGUGUUUACUCAAAGACUUUGGUCACUGACCAAAGCUGGUCAGUUCUUCAAUACCAACCUGAGAACAUUUGCAAUAUGUUGGAUGUAUAUAGUAGCGGUGUCUGUGGGUUCAAUAGUAUCUGCAAAGAAAAUAGUGGCACUCCUAGUUGUCAAUGCCCACCCGGGUUUUCUUUUAUGGAUCCAAAUGACAAAUUUGGAGGCUGCAAACCAAAUUUCCCUCUUGGUUGUGGAGUAGAUGAUGGAUCAAGAAAACCAGAAGACUUGUAUUAUUUAGAGUUGAUUCCGGAAUUGAAUUUUCCAACAUAGGAAACUUAUGAAGUUUUUCAACCUGAAAAUCAAACACUAUGCGAACAGUCUGGUUUGCAUGAUUGUUCUUGUACUGUUGCCGUAUUUGAUGGUAGCAAUGGCAGAUGUUGGAAGAUGAAAAUGCCAUUGUCUUACGGUAGAAUGUCGGGUGGAACAACCAUCAUCAAAAUAAGGAGAGAUGUACCUCCUUCAGGCAAUUCUGAUGCUCCUUUUUCCAACUCGAAGAAAGAUAAUCAUAUUUUCUCGUGGCCACUUCUUUUUGGCAGCUCUAGUUUCUUCAACAUUCUUUUGCUAGUUGCAGUUUCUUUUUUUGUUUUCUCAAGGUGUCAGAAGAACCCAAAAAAGACUCUACAUGAUUCUAACGCUCUCGAAACAAAUUUGCAUAUUUUCACUUUUGAAGAACUCAAAGAAGCAACACGAGGGUUCAAGGAAGAACUGGGAGUGGGUUCUUUUGGCAUUGUUUAUAAAGGUGUACUAAACUUUGGUUCUAAGAAUCAAGUUGCAGUCAAGAAAUUGGACAAAUUGUCACCAGAAGGAGAGAAGGAAUUUAAAGCCGAAGUGAAUGCAAUUGGGAGAACCCAUUACAGAAAUCUAAUCCAACUGAUCGGGUAUUGUGCUGAGGGGCCUGAAAGACUUCUAGUAUAUGAGCUCAUGAGCAAUGGCAGUUUAGCAAAUUUCCUUUUCAGCCUUCCAAGACUUGAUUGGUAUUCAAGAACUCAAAUAGCUUUGGGGAUUGCAAGAGGGCUAGUGUACUUGCAUGAAGAAUGCAGUGCCCCAAUCAUCCAUUGUGACAUAAAGCCUCAAAACAUACUCAUUGACGAAUAUUUCAUAGCACGAAUUUCCGACUUUGGAUUGGCAAAAUCUUUGACGCUUAAUCAGACUCGGACUCAUACUGGGAUAAGAGGAACUCAAGGAUACGUGGCUCCAGAAUGGUUCAAAAAUUCACCCGUGACAGUCAAAGUGGAUGUCUACAGUUUCGGUGUCAUGUUGUUGGAGAUCAUUUGCUGCAGGAAGAGUGUGGCAAUGGAAUGUGGGGAAGAAGAAAGAGCAAUACUGACAGAUUGGGCUUAUGAUUGCUAUAUGGGAGGGAGACUAGAUACUUUGGUGGAUAAUGAUGAGGAAGCCAUGAGUGAUAUCAUGAUGUUGCGCAGAUGGGUCGCAACGGCUCUCUGUUGUAUUCAAGAGAACCCUUUGAAAAGGCCUACAAUGAAGAUAGUGAUACAAAUGCUAGAAGGAUUUGGUGAAGUUCCAAUUCCCACUGGCCCUUAUUCCUUUUGCUUGGCUUCGUGAACCAUGAAGAUCCAGGCCUUUGUUUUGUUGUUGUUUAGGAAAGUCCUAUCUUUCUUCUUGUCUUUUCUUUUCUUUUCCUUUUCAAAUCCCUAUUUAAAUCUGUAAUUCAAAUACUGUCCUAGUAUUUUUGUGAUAGAAUCUCUGUCACUGUUGGGUUUGGAUUGUAAGUAAAUUAAUUUUAAUGUAGUUUAUUGCUUUAAGAAAUGGUUUGUGAGAGACCUCUAAUGCGAGGGCAUCGAUGGAGUUGACAGGAUUUAUAUUGGUCCUGGCUUGCUAUUGGGCCUGUGUAGACCCACCACGGGACCUGUUUCGAUAAUCUGAAUCGUUCAAUAUGUAGAAUUCGUCGAGUACUAUAUACCUGUAGAAAAUCACAUUGAUCGGAUAUCAAUA